UUCAAAGCUGUUUAAACCCAGAGAAGACGAAGAAGAAGAAGACGGAAGUGGAAGUGGAAUGAAAAAAAACAACAUGGCGGCGCCCUAUAGCGACACAUUUAGGGCAGAGUCACAGAAACUGUCCCAAUGUCUUCACUGACACGGACAUGUUGGAGCUGAAGCUUCUCCGGUGUCACUAUGUGGACGUACGGCAAGACAGCAGGGUCAUCUCUGAAGGUCCUCCGCCUCCUGCAGCAGCAGCAGCCCUGCAGGCUCGUGUCCUCCUCCAGACCCCCGUGGAGGCUCCUGUUCUUUGGCUCUGAUCAGUUUGCCGUGGAGUCCCUCAAACGCCUCACAUCCAGCAGGAGCUCCAAUGAAGGGAUAGUGGAAUCCCUUGAAGUUGUCACCUUGUCCGGUGAAGUCCCCGUGAAGAGGUUUGCUCAACAGAACCGACUUCCAGUCCACAGCUGGCCCCCUAACAAUGUGGAUGGACAGUUUGACGUUGGGGUGGUGGUGUCUUUCGGCUGUUUACUCCACGAGCGACUGAUCAACAAGUUUCCAUACGGGAUUUUGAAUGUUCACCCCAGCCUGCUGCCGAGGUGGAGGGGUCCAGCACCCAUCUUCCACACCAUCAUGCAUGGAGACACUGUGACGGGGGUCACCAUCAUCCAGAUCCGCCCUCACCGGUUUGAUGUGGGACCCAUUCUCAACCAGGAGCUCUAUCAGGUCCCUGAGAAGUGUAAUGCUGAAGAGCUUGGAGCUACCUUAGCCACUAAGGGAGCACAUCUGCUGAUUGAUACGUUCAUGACGCUGUCUGAGAGAAUGGCACAUAAAAAGGAGCAAAGAGAGACGGGAGCAACGUUUGCCCCAAAAAUCAAUACGUCCAUGAGCUGGAUGGUGUGGGAGGAACAGACUUGUGACCAAAUUGACCGUCUGUAUCGUGCCAUCGGAGCCCGGAUACCAUUGAGGACCACGUGGAUGGGCAGAACAAUCAAACUUCUGGAUUUUGUAGGAAAAUGUCCCAUUUCAUUAUCAAAUCAAAAGAGGAAACCAGUGCCUGGAUCAGUGAGCUAUCAGAAGGAGUCCAAUACUCUGGCUGUCUGCUGUAAGGAUGGCUGGGUGGGAUUCAAGGCAGUGCCUAAAAAAAGGCUGACAGCAGCUGACUUCUAUAAUGGCUACCUGCAUCAGGCACUGCAGAAGACAACACCUUGUCAGGCAGCUGAAGGACUGUUUGUCAGCAGGAAACAAGGAACCGAAGCACAUCAGAUGAGAGAGAACUAAACGCCGUGACGACGCAGGAUCGUUUUCUUCCUGGAUGAACACUUCACAGACUGAAUGUAAUUUAUUGUUGUUGAUUUGUUGCGCUUGUCUGUUUUAAGACAUCUGCAUGUACAGUCAAUAAAUAAGUGUGCUGUUGUCUGACAGGUACAAGGGACAACCGUGAACUGUGUAUUUCUAUUUAAACAUAGGCUGUAUACAAUUCCUAAUGAGAAAUGCAGUUAUAUACAGAUUAUUUUGCUAAGGAUGAGCGACGGGAGUUAAGCUCUUAAUUUUGCUCUUAAAAUGUUCAACAGACUCAAGUUUUCAACCGAUAUCAGAGGAUUUUUAUACAAAAAAUGCAAAUUUGUUUUAUUGGUCUGUUAUUGUUAAUUUGUAAUACAAUGCUAUAAAUAUAAUUAUUUUCCCAUAACUCAAAUGUUACACAACAAAAUGAUUUUAGGGGGAAUUGAUUGAUCUCAUUGAUCUCAUAAAGGGUAAAGGCCAGCCAUAUGAUGAGGGGGGAACACAGUAUAAGUAACACGCAUGAAUGGAUACAUGCUCUGAAUAAACUCUUGUUAGACUCUUCGUUCGGUUAAUAAAAAAUAAAAAAUAAUUUUCAAAGAGCUUUGUGUCGAAUCAGAAUGAAAGGAUGUAACAGAUCAGAUUUAUAGGCUCCU